UGUUUCGAAACGCGUUCGGUGUUAUUUUUCCUGUUAUUUAUACAUGCAUUCGAGUUCAGUGAGAAAGAGUUCAAGAUUUUUAUUUUCAAGUGUUCCAAGGACAGAAAGGUUCUAGUCUGUGUUCACGAAAUAGACAAGUUACGAAAAUAAUCGGGUGUACAGAUCAGUCUGUCAAGUCAGAGUGACUAGAGAUGAUGGACCAGGGAUUUCCAGGACAGCAUACCACAACAACGGUAACGACGACUACCACUACAACACAACCAACUAUUCGAUUUGAUCCGUCUUAUACAAGAACAGUGCCAGGAAUUCUCAAACUCGCUCAGGUGGCCUUUAACCUCUUGGGUUUCAUAUGCAUCACAGUAUCGACUCAAAGCAAUUCCAGCCGCGGAGGAUGGUUCAACACCGUGGCCAUGGGCGGCUUUUGGUUCACAGGAAUAUUACUUGUUUUUUACCUGUUCCAUAUCGUUGAGAAAUUCUCGAAAAUUCCUUGGCUGAAAAUUGAAUUUAUAUUUUGUACAAUUUGGACUGCCUUUUAUUUACUGGCCGCUUCUCUCGCCGCUGAUCAUGCUCGAUACUUAGAAGCUUUUGGAGUUGCAGCAUUCUUCGGAUUCUGCGCUAUGGUAGUUUAUGGUUACGACGCUUGGAUCAAAUUCCAUGCAGCAAGAAGCGGCGCCUUAGCGCAGGGACAGCACACACCAAAACAAGUAUCCACAGUGACGAGUCCUGCGUAUUAAUUGUAUCACACAAAUUCUUGGAUGGACCACACUAAUGGACCACUUUUGAGACAUAUCGUUGCUUUUAUAGAGAGGAUUUGCUCCGGUAAAAUUUAUUCGUGCUAACA